CAAAACAUCUCAGACCACGCUUCACCCCUUAAUAUCAACACAAUCGUCAUCAAACCACUUACCAUCUCACAUUAUCACCAUUUGGUAUCCACAUACCCAUAUCAAGCACUUCCUCGAGGUACAAAUCACUGCAUCAAGGCUCAACAAUCGACCGACAAACCCAAUAUUGAGAAUCAUACACUUAAUCCCCCCAAACAAACACACAUACCGCUACAAUGAGUAAAAUUAAAAUGAGCGAGGAGGAGUUAAAUUUGCUGGUGGUGUAUAUCGAAAAGCGCACAGUGAUGACUGCGUACAAUGGCAACGUGAUUAGCAUAUUUGAUAAUGGAUGGUCACCAGCUCCGGGUGAUUCGAAGAGAAAAAUCUUCACAGAUGUAGCGGUUGAAAUGUCAACGGCCAGAGGCAAAGCGUGCGGGAUGCGUGGUAUAGAAAGCUUUUUCUACGAAAAUCGACCCCUCAGAGUACGUCAUAAAAGAAUAAGGGAGACUAUCAAUGAAAACCUGAACAAAAUAAAAGGAAAACUUGGACCUAGCGUGGAAACCAGAGCGGAGAUGAGCCCGGACAAUAUGAAUCCGAACAACAUGAACCCGGGCAAUAUGAAUCCAGGCAGCAUGAUGAGUCGGAGCAAUAUGGAUCCGGUCAACCUAAAUCCAGGCAGUAUGACGAGUCCGAGCAAUAUGAAUCCGGCAAAUCUGAACCCAGGCAGUACGAUGAAUCCGAGUAAUAUGAUCAAUCCGAGCAACAUGAACCCGGCCAACAUGAAUCCAGGCAAUAUGAACCAGGCGAACAUGAACCAGGCCAACAUGAAUCCGGGCAAUAUGAACCAAACCAACAUGAACCAGGCCAACAUGAAUCAAGGAAUAGAGGGCUCCGAAGCACAGGACAUUGGUUCAGUUAGCUGGGUCGAUGAAUUUGGCAACUUCAUAUUUUGGUAGGGGUAACAAAAGUCACGAACACUGAUAAAAACAACCUAGUUAUUUCCCUCUGGAUAAUGACCUCGCUUACAUCUGGAGGGGAGCACCAAUAGAGGGAGUCCAAGUUAGAAGUUGAUCCAAGAAUUUUUAUAUCCUCUUUGUUCUU